AUGGCUUUUGUUGCAGUAACUUCUCUAAUGAGAACUUUAGAGUUUCAGUUCCUACACCCCCAACCACGAGUCACUCUUUCAAACAAAAAGCAGAUUGAGUCUCUUCAUGAAAAUCUUGGUCGUUUGCUAGUUUUUCUUGAUAAAUUUGAGAAGAGUGCCGACAAUCUUCCGGAGAUGAGAGCAGUGACUGAAGGAAUUAUAUAUGUGACUGUGAAGGCUGACAAUGGCAUUCAAGAGGAACUGUUGAGCUUCAUCAGGAGCAGUAAUAAGAGAUUGGAUUGCUGGUGCUUGGACUUCAUCAGGGGCUUCUUCACUACUGGUUCCACAAAACUUGAAGAAACCUUGCAGCGCGUAGUGGAUGACGUUGAAAACCUGGUGCAGAUUACUAUGUACACCAGUCGCCUUGUCAACUAUGAUCUCAUCCUUGCAAUUGGAGGCUCCUCGAUCUCCUCACAACAUACCUCGCAGGAGGAUGCAAUGGUAGGACACUCAGAAGAGCUGAAUGAGGUAAUAAGACAGCUCACUGGUGACAAAAAUAAAGCACUCCAAGUAAUGGCAGUUGUGGGCGUUGGCGGCAUUGGCAAGACAACUUUUGCUAAAACAAUUUAUGAUGACCCUAGAGUCAAAUCUCAUUUUGAUUUAUGUGAUUGGACAACCAUGUCUCCAGAGCAUAACAAAGGACAAUCAAGCAGUCCCUUAAACAAUGAAAUGCGUGAUGUUCUAGUUGAGCAACGUCGCACAAGUUUAAAGGGCCGUAGGUACCUUAUUAUUGUGGACGACAUAUGGACUACUGAUGCCUGGGAUGAUAUCCGCAGAUGUUUUCCUGAUGAAAAUAAUGGGAGCAAAAUAUUGUUGACGACUCAGGCUGUAAAGGUAGCCCAGGAUGCAGGCUCAGGUGAGUAUACUCAUAAAAUGCGUUUCUUAAAUGAAGAUGAAGGUUGGGGUUUAUUUUGUAAGAAGUUUUUGGAAAAAGAAUUACUUAAGAAAGAUGCAUUCAAAAUAAUCGGGAUGAACAUUGUUCGAAAAUGUCAAGGUUUACCACUCACAGUUGUGAUGAUGGCAGAGCUUCUAUCUAAAACCGCUAAGUCAAUAGGCGAAUGGGAAAAAGUUGAAAGGAACUUAGAUUCUCUAUUGGAUUUAGUCCUUCAUGAGCAAUUUUCAAGAAUAUUCACACAGAGUUACAACCACUUGCCUAGUCAUUUGAAGGGUUGCCUUUUGUAUUUAGGAGUUUUUCAUAAAGAUAGUGAGAUUCCAGUUAAAAAGCUUAUUAGGUUAUGGAUUGCUGAGGGAUUUGUAGAGACAAUGAGUCAUAGAAAGAAGAGGCCAGAAGAAGUAGCUGAAGAUUAUUUGCAAGAUCUUAUUGAUAGAAGUUUAGUUAUAGUUAAUAAGAGAAGCUUUGAUGGUAAAAUCAAAACCUGUAGGAUGCAUGAUUUGUUACAUGAGUUGUGCUCGAGCAAGGCUAAAAAGGAGAACCUUUUGUACCUCGAAACUAUGGGAAGCGGGCAUAAUUAUGGCCACUUUGUUCGAUUAAGUGAUAAGCGUUGGUUAAGUCUUAAAGUAGUAAAUCCAGAUUUUCAUAUUUCCAUUUCUUCCAAGCAAUUGCGUUCCAUUUUAUGUUUUAAUGGCUCUGGUACGGAAUGGUACUUGCGAGCCACCUCUUUUAAGAAGUUAAUAGUGUUAGACUUGAGCAAGAUUGAGUUCAAGUCAGGUGUGCCUUCAGAUAUUACAGAUCUUGUUUUCCUAAGGUACCUAGAAUUAGCCUCAACUAUGCUUCUAAACCAUAUACCUUUGGACAAGAAUUGGAAUCUACAGACACUAAUUAUGAGUGGAGAAGAUGAUGAUAAGGAUGCCCAGAAGCUGCUGCCUCAUGGAAUUUGGGAUAAUUUGCAACAACUAAGGCAUCUUGAAAUCAACCGUAAGCUGCAGGUUUCUAUUGAUCUUCUAAAGGUUCAAAAAAACCUGCAGACACUUUAUUGGUUGUCUGUCUCACAGUGCACUGAGGAAGUGUUUAUGAGAAUCCCGGAUGUUAAAGAGUUGGGAAUAGUUGCAGGAGGACACCAAGUGUGGCCACAUGGUUUAAAUAGCCUAAAUUAUCUUGAGAAGCUAAGAGUUGAGGGCUCUGACCACCCUUUACACUUGCCUCCACAGCCAUAUUAUGAUAUUUUCCCACAAACCCUUAAGGAGUUGACAUUUGUGAGUACCUGCAUACCAUGGAGCGACAUGAGUAUUAUUAGUAUGCUACCUAAUCUGGAGGUACUUAAACUCAAGAACUUUGCCUGCACGGGACAGGAGUGGGAACUAACUGAGGAUCAUUGCUUCCGUCAGUUAAAAGUUCUGAUCAUUUCUCUCACAGAUUUGAAGGAGUGGAAGGCAUACGGGGAAUAUCCUUUCCCUGAACUCGAGCGCUUACAACUAAAAUAUUGCUUGGAGUUGAAAAAUAUGCCAGAUUGGAUUAAAGAUAUCUCACAACUCCGAUUAAUUAAGUUGGAGUAUUGCUAUGCUUCCCUUGUUGAUUCUGCUAAAAAGAUUAAAGAGCGACUUCUGGGCUACCGAAUUGAUAUGGAUGUUCUUGACUUCCAUACUCUACCAGACGAAGACCAUGUUGAUCCUCUAAGCAUAGAAGAAGGUUCUAGUGAAUAAACUUGUAGAUCAGAGGUCUGAAGAAAGCUGAGUAUCCCCAUAGUUUAAUGGUCUUGGAUCGGAUGACAAAAAGCAGAUCCCUUGGAAAGACAAGUAGCAACCCAAGGAGGCAGAAGCUAUUAGAUGGAGUGA